CUGACCCGUCUCAGACUGUAAACACUACUUACUGAGCUCCUGGAACCGCUCUUGUAUCGGGACGCACAGCAGAGACGGAGACGCACAUGGUUCCGGUUUCGCACGGUUUGGAUUGCUGCUAAGAGGGGAGCGCCUUUCUGGGGAAUAAAAUACUUUGUUCGUUUUUCCUUCGACUUCCCAUGUCUGAAUGAUUGAGCGGGACAUAAAGGAGAGAAAAAUGAGCUUCAACAGAGUCGCUAUUCGCAGGAAGCAGCAUAGCCUGGACAGCUCGCACGCAAAGGCUGCAGAGAGGAAAGCGAAAACUUCCUGCUGCCAGACCAGAACCACUGAAGAUGAGAGCUGCAUAGCGGUGAAAAUCGAACAAUCCAGAGCUCUAGGUUUUGGCUCGCCGAUCAAAGUCAGCCGCGGUUCGCCCAUCCUGCAGGAGUGUCUGAGUCGGGCGAUUGCAGGAACAGCUGAUAAGAACAGGGGAGGGGUCAAUGGAAGAGUACAUGGAAGCAGGACUCAUCUGCCGCCUAAACCACAAGUGCCACAAAAGCCAGCACACCUUCUGAGCCCAGUGUCGCCACGUCUGUCCCCUUUGUGCAACGUCCAGAAAUCCCCAACUAGACUCAUCAUGGAGGAGAGGGGAGGAAAAUCAGGGGCUGCAACCCGCGACAAGCUCAAACCAUCCAAAGUGUCGGACCUGAUCAGCCGCUUUGAGGAGAACAGCACAGAGAACAAGAGAGAUAGCUCACCGCACAAACAAGCCAGCAAAGCCUCCAACUGCAGCCCGGUUCAUCGCGCUUAUCAGAGGACUGAGAUCGGCAAGAUUCAGGAGAAGUUCUCCACCACUGCGGCCACAACGCAGGAUGCCCAGACACCAGGGGCGAACGGGGUGGUAGCACAGAUGGAUCAGGACAAGGAGACGGAGAAGAAGACGAAUAACAGUAUGAGGAUAGAGACUGCUGAGCUUGUAAAUGGAGAUUUGGAAAGUGCAGAUCAGGUGGAGGAUCAUUUAUCACCAGAGCACAGAGACAGGACUGAUGGAGAGAGCCACGCUGAAAAUGAGGACAGUGAAAAAGCCACUGAAACUGUGCAAAAGGUCGAAGAGGGGAGUUUGGAGCAUAAGGAGACAAACGAACAAAAGCUGUAUAAAAUCGCCAGCGAGCUCCUGCACACAGAGAAGGCGUAUGUGGCUCGACUCAACCUGCUGGAUCAGGUAUUCUGUACUAAGAUGACGGAGGAGGCAAAUAAAGGCACUUUCCCUCUGGAUGUGGUGAAGAACAUCUUCUCCAACAUCAGCUCCAUCCACGCCUUUCACAGCCAGUUUCUACUUCCUGGUCUGGAAAAACGUAUGGGGGAAUGGACUUCCACACCUCGGAUUGGUGACAUUCUGCAGAAACUUACUCCCUUUCUCAAAAUGUAUGCGGAGUAUGUAAAGAACUUUGAUAAGGCCAUGGAGCUGCUAAAACAGUGGACCGACCGUUCGCCACAGUUCAAGGCUAUAAUUCAGGAGAUACAGAGUCAGGAAAUCUGUGGCAAUCUGACGCUCCAGCAUCACAUGUUGGAACCGGUGCAGAGAGUUCCUCGAUAUGAGAUGCUGCUGAAAGACUACCUGAAGAAGCUGCCUCAGGAUGACCCGGACCGCAGCGACGCAGAAAAAUCAUUAGAAAUAAUUUCUACAGCAGCCACUCACUCCAACAGUGCCAUUAGAAAAUCUGAGAACCUAAAGAAACUGAUGGAGAUAUACGAGAUGCUGGGAGAAGAGGAGGACAUCGUUAACCCCUCAAAUGAAUUUAUAAAGGAGGGUCACAUCCUAAAGCUGGCGGCAAGGAACACCUCAGCCAUGGAGCGAUACCUCUUUCUGUUCAACAACAUGCUGCUGUACUGCGUGCCCAAAUUCAGCCUGGGAGGGCCCAAAUACACAGUCAGGACCAGAAUUGGGAUAGAUGGCAUGAAGGUUCUGGAAACAAGCAAUGAGGACUAUCCUCAUACCUUCCAGGUGUCAGGCAAAGAGAGGACACUGGAGCUUCAGGCCAGCUCAGAGCAAGACAAGGAAGGCUGGAUCAAGGCUUUCCAGGAGACCAUAGAAAUCUUCCAGCAAAAGAACGAGUCAUUCAAGAGCGCCUUAAAAGACGUGGAAGUUUCGAAAGAAGAGCUGGGGAAGCGGGCCCCUCGGUGGAUUCGCGACAAUGAGGUGACGAUGUGCAUGAAGUGUAGGGAGCCCUUUAAUGCCAUCACACGGCGAAGACACCACUGCAGAGCCUGUGGCCAUGUGGUCUGCUGGAAAUGCUCAGACAACAAGGUUCAGCUUGAAUAUGACAACAACAAGGUGAACAAAGUCUGCAGGGACUGUUACUGCAUCCUAACAGGAGAAGGGGUGACUGAGGGCAAAAAGAAGGGCAUCCUCGAGAUUGAGGCAGCUCAGAUCACAGACAGCAGCAUCAUGUGUGGCUUCCUGCAGCACUUAGCUGAGAAAGGCAAAAUUUGGCAGAGGGUCUGGUGUGUCAUCCCAGAAAAGGAGUGUCUGGUGCUCUACCUUUACGGAGCUCCACAGGACGUGAAGGCCUUGUGCACCAUCCCACUGCUUGGAUACAAUGUGGAGGACAGCCCCCGGCAAACAGAACCUCCGUCCAGCUUCCGCCUCUCCCAAUCCAAGUCUGUCCACAGCUUUGCUGCCGAAACAGAGGAACUCAAGCAGCGCUGGCUGAAAGUCAUCCGAGUGGCGGUGACAGGAGAGAUGCCAGCACGACCUGAGACCAACGGUGGCAGCGUGUUGGAGAACAGCAACACACAGGAAGCAAACCCUGAUGACACCUAGGUGGACGGUUGUCCUCAAACUAAACCGCUGUGGGACUUUCCUCAGCAUCCAGACUGCUGUUUAACCAUUCUUAGGAUGGAUGCUAAGACACGCCCCUCUCUGUUCUGUCCUCUAAAGACACGGAGCAUCGACUAAAGCUGGAUGAGCUGUCCUUCUUAUAAUCUUUUGGCUGUCUCCUGGAUUUUUCCCCUGCUGGAACUGUGCUGGAUUCCUAACUUUCUGGUACAAUCAACACUAUAGCAAAGGAGCUUCCAGAUGCUUCUUCUACUGAAGAGAGCACUAUUACAUAAAAAUCUAACUUCAAGGAGGCAGCCUUGCAGCUUUCUGUCUAGGAUAUGAAUUGAGGUGUCUGCUGGUGCUGUAAACCUGUUUCUUGUACAGAAGGCCUUUUUUAAUACAAAAGAAAACCUGCUCUCUAUUAUGUACAGAAAUCUAGUUUUAAGCUUUCCCUCUAUGAAAAGGAGAAACAUCUGAACGUUAUACAUGAUGAUUCCAGUAUCUCCCCACUGGGUUGGACUGCUUGAGCAGAUGGAUCUAGAACUAAAAGAAAUAGAAUGAACUUGGAUGAUGAUGCGCUCUUCUCCCGUCACACCGUGAAAAUAGACCCUGGAAUGGAUCUGGACUAAACGUAUAGAGAGAGACAAACGUAAAAACCACAAUUCCUAGGGAAACUGAAAUAUCGAUGACAAAUUAGAUCAACCACAGUUCCCCUGCAAACCUUUUAAAGGCAAAGCAAAUCGAUUGUUUUUUUAAAUAUAGUUUAAAUCACAUAUUUUUCUAUCUCAUACAAUAUUAAUGAGCUGAUCACUAAACCGGCAGUUUUUUAUUUCUAAUAAAAUUACUUAUGCAUUCAAAGGGUUUUUUUUUUAAAUAUCCCUCCUUUUAUUAUUUUAAUUGAUGCAUAUGAACUAAAACAGCAGCAGGUUAAGUGGUAUGUUUUACUGUUUGUCUCAGAUUUACCCACAGGAGGGAUAUACGGUCGAGCAGAUUGAGCAAUGUAGUUUAGUAUUGGACAAAGAAAAUUUAUUCUUUUUCCUAUUAAUUUAUUUUCCCCAGAUAUGAGCAAGUGAGUGAGAUUAUUUGCCAAUGGAAUAAGAUGAUUUACAUUUAAAAUAAGACAAAAACUAGCAGAUUUAUAGAGCACCAAUUCACAACCUGUCAUCUCAAGGCACUUUACAGA